UCUGUGGCCUCCUCUCACCCCUGCCUGCCACCCUCUGCCCUCACAGGCACCGUCUGUGUCCUGCUGUCUUUCCCGUUCAUCUUCAGCCCGUGCCUGGGCUGCGGGGAGGCCACCCCUGAGUGGGCCGCCCUGCUCUAUUAUGGACCCUUCAUCGUCAUCUUCCAGUUUGGCUGGGCGGCCACGCAGAUUGCCCACCUGAGUCUCAUCCCAGAGCUGGUGACCAGCGACCACGAGAAGGUGGAGCUCACAGCCCUCAGGUACGCAUUCACCGUGGUGGCCAACAUCACGGUCUAUGGUGCCGCCUGGCUGCUGCUCCAUCUGCAGGGCUCCUCACAUGCGGGGCAGGACGACAGUGUGGGUGACCAGCUGGGCGUCCAGGAUGUGCCGGUGUUUCGGAACCUGGCCCUGCUGGUGGUGGGCGUGGGAGCCGUCUUCUCCCUGCUCUUCCAUCUGGGUACCAAGGAGGGGCGGCGCCGGCCCCCGGGCACGGAACCUGAUGAGCACAGCCCCUUGGUGGCCCCUCCGGCCCGGCCACAUCUGCUCUGGAAGCACUGGCUUCGGGAGCCAGCUUUCUAUCAGGUGGGCAUGCUGUACAUGACCACAAGGCUGAUUGUGAACCUGUCUCAGACCUACAUUGCCAUGUACCUGAGUUACUCUCUCAGCCUGCCCAAGAAGUUCAUCGCCACCAUCCCUCUGGUGAUGUACUUGAGCGGUUUCAUCUCCUCCUUCCUCAUGAAGCCCAUCAACAGGCGAAUAGGGAGGAAUAUGACCUACUUCACCGGGCUGCUGGUGAUCCUGGCCUUCGCCGCAUGGGUGGCCCUGGCCGAUAAGCUGGGCGUGGCCGUGUACGGGGCCGCGGUGCUGCUGGGUGCCGGCUGCGCCACCAUCCUCGUCACCUCGCUGGCCAUGACCGCCGACCUCAUCGGCCCCCACACGCGCAGCGGAGCCUUCGUGUACGGCGCUAUGAGCUUCUCGGACAAGGUGGCCAACGGGCUGGCCGUGAUGGUCGCGCAGAGCCUGCACCCCUGCCCUUCCGAGCUGUGCUGCAGGGCCUGCGUUGGCUUCUACCACUGGGUGAUGGUGAUCGUCACGGGCGGCGUGGGGGUGGCCGCCGCCCUGGCUCUCUGCAGCCUCCUCAUCUGGCCCAUCCGCAUCCGCACCCGGGACCUCGGAGACCGGCCCUGACCUGGCUCCCCGCGGCAACAGGACGAAGGACCAGACACCCUAAGCUCCCUGGCCCCCCACCUGCCUGGGGUCAGAGGGCACGGUGUGCAGGGGGGGGUGAUACCUGGCCGAGCUCCCUGCGCCCUGGGUGCCCCGCCCCAGCCGUGGACUCGGCCUCGGCCUGGAGCAGGGACUGGGAGGCCAGGGCCUCGGUCAGCCCGCGGGGACGGUCGGGAGGCCCCGGGUGCGCGCGGAGGGAGGGCGGCCGAGGGAGGGACG